AUGGCCAUCAAUUGCAUGCGCCUUGACAAACGCAACUCCAAAGGUGCUGCCAGCAUUGAUUCGGUAUUUGGGAUCCUCUGUCAGAAGGGAAAGAUAAAUGCGAACGAUCCAGAAGCUACUCCUCCGGGGAAAGUUACGGGAGAGAUCGACGCAUGCAACGUGUUCUUCGCUUAUCCAACAAGGCCGGACGUUGUAGUUCUGAGAGGCUUGAAUCUACACGUUCCAGGUGGUACUUCUAUGGCACUGGUUGGUCACAGUGGCUCGGGGAAAUCCACGGUCGUCGCGCUCAUCGAGAGGUUCUACGACCCUCUAAGCGGCGUGGUGAAAAUCGAUGGGAAGGACAUCAAAAAGCUUGACCUUUACUCGCUGAGGAGACAGAUCGGUCUUGUGAGCCAGGAGCCAUGCUUGUUUUCGGCAACCAUACAUGAAACAUCGCUUAUGGACGUGAAAGCGAAUGCACCGAAGCGGAAUGCACUGCCGGAGGGGUAUAAGACGCAUUCUGGCCGGAAGGGAAUCCGUCUCUCUGGCGGUCAGAAGCAGCGAAUUGCAAUAGCUCGAGCGGUCUUGAAGAGCCCACAGAUUUUACUGCUGGACGAAGCCACCAGUGCUUUGGAUCUAGAGUCGGAGCACCUCGUUCAGGAUGCGCUGGAGACAAUGGCCGGAAGAACGACACUCGUGAUCGCUCACAGGCUCUCUACGGUUAGGAACUGCGACUGCAUCUCGGUAAUGCACAGUGGAGCUGUGGUCGAGCAGGGAACACAUGAGGAACUAAUGUCGAUGUCUGCAGCUAUAAUCUUCACCCUAAGAGCUGCAACAUAUGUCACCAAGUUCACCUCGUUACUUCCUCGUUCUUCUUUCAACCGUCUUGAGCACAGCCUCACUUUCACCGCAGGAAUCACAAACGAUGCAGUCCAGGAGACCGGGUUGCCAGAUCCUUUCAAAGACUUGAAGACCGCGCUCCGGCUCUUCGCGUAA